AUGGAUAGCAUUUCGAAUUCGGCGGAGAAUACUGAUAUGGGAUAUCAGCCGUCAUCUUCUCUGGAUCAGACUGAUCAAUCUCCAACAGAGACUACCAGUUACUCAAUUAUUAGUGGAGAAUCUUUUGCUUACUGCAGAACGAGUUCCGUGACCUCAGCAUUUUCUGAGCACACGGAUGACAACAGCUGUUCUGAGACGGCCUCUCCUAAUUGCUGGCCUGGCAUGAAAACUCCAACUCGGGCAGCCCUUUCGAGAUUAGGAAUGAAGCAGCACAGGUAUCCUUAUGAUGAAAAGCAGCACAGUGAGGAAACAAUGGAGUUAGAGCUGGAACUGAUGAAGGAGAGAUUUUCAAAGCUUUUGCUGGGGGAGGACAUGUCAGGAAGUGGAAAAGGUGUUUGCACUGCAGUGACAAUCUCCAAUGCCAUAACAAAUCUCUAUGCUUCAGUAUUUGGUCAGCAUCAGAAGUUAGAGCCUUUGCGUCCUGAUAAGAAAUUGAUGUGGAAAAGAGAAAUGAAUUGCCUUUUAUCAGUCUGUGAUUACAUAGUAGAAUUAGCCCCUGCAUUGCAGACUUUGAAAGACGGGACUACUUUAGAGGUGAUGACAAGCAGACCAAGAUCAGAUAUUUACAUCAACCUUCCUGCGUUGAGAAAACUAGAUGCAAUGCUCCUGGAUAUACUGGACAGCUUCGAGGAGACAGAAUUUUGGUAUGCAGAUCCUGGAAGCAUGUCGGGAAAUUCAACGCGUUCUGGAUCAUUCAGGAGGAUACUUCAGCCUCAGCCUCAACGAGUAGAUGAAAAAUGGUGGUUGCCGGUUCCUUGUGUUCCUUCUACUGGCCUAUCUGAGAAAUCAAUGAAACAUUUGUUCCAAAAGCGCGAUUGUGCCUACCAAAUUCACAAAGCUUCACUGUCCAUCAAUAAUAGCAUUCUUGCUGAAAUGGAGAUACCAGAAUCAUACCUUGCAACUCUGCCUAAGAAUGGAAAAGCAAGCUCUGAACAUGAGGCACUUGAGUUUGCAGACAAGGUUGAAGCUUCAAUGCAUACAUGGAGACGUAAAUGCGUGACUCACUCUAAAUCAUCAUGGGACAUGGUUAAGGACUUUGUGUCUGAGAUUGAUCGAAACGAUAAGAAUAAUGUCUUAGCCGCAAGAGCCGAGACCUUGUUGUUCUGCCUGAAGCAAAGAUAUCCAGAACUCUCACAAACUACAUUGGACACAAGCAAGAUCCAAUACAAUAAGGAUGUAGGACAAGCAAUCCUGGAGAGCUAUGCCAGAGUGUUGGAAGGUUUGGCAUUCAACAUUGUUGCUUGGAUUGAGGAUGUACUUUUUGUACAUAAAACCAUGAAAAAAUGA